AUGUGGCACAAAAUUCAGAUGUUGCUCUUAUAUUGCAUUGCUAGUGAAGUUUUGAUGGCAAAGCAUCUUGAUUCUAGAAGAAAUUUCCCCCAAGGACUUUAUGCUGUUGAAGGCAGUGGUUCUGCUAGGUGGAACAGGAUUAAAAGGAGUGUUUAUCAUGGGAGCUCCUGCAGGAUACGAGGCUGUUGCACAGGAAGAGAUGAUGACUGCAGCUUUACCAUUGUCUCCAGAGGAGCUAUAUGUUACUGUGACCACUACUGCACCUCAGGCUCUCCUGGGCCUGUGGACUGCUGUGCUGACUACUGGGAUGUCUGCAACCACGCUGAGGAGCGCACCAGGUCAGAGGAGCCUUGGCCACCUCCAGUAUGGGGUUGUUAUAAAGAUGGCCGAUAUUACGGAGAAGGAACAAUAAUUAAAGACAACUGCAAUUCCUGCAAAUGUUCCAACAGUCUCUGGAAAUGUUCAACAGAUGUAUGUCUUGUUCGCCAAGACUUAAUUCAGCACAUCAAUUCUGGAGAUUAUGGAUGGAAAGCUGACAACUACAGUCAGUUCUGGGGAAUGACAGUGGAAGAAGGUUUCAAAAAGCGCCUGGGCACCUUCCCUCCAUCUCAGUCUUUGCUGAAUAUGAGAGAAGCUCCUGGAAAGUCACUUCCAGAAGAAAGGUUUCCUGCAAUUUUUUCAGCCACUUAUGAGUGGCCUGAGUGGAUUCACGAUCCUUUGGAUCAGCGGGACUGUGGAGCAUCCUGGGCUUUUUCAACCGCAAGCGUUGCAGCAGAUAGAAUAGCAAUUCAUUCAAAGGGUCAGAUCACAGACAACCUGUCUGCUCAGAACCUGAUCUCUUGUGAUACCAGGAAUCAACAUGGAUGUAAUGGUGGAAGUAUUGAUGGUGCCUGGAGAUAUCUGCAAACACAUGGGAUUGUAUCGUAUGCUUGUUAUCCAUCAUUUUGGAACAAACACCUGGGGCCAGCAGCUGAAAAUCAGUGUUAUGUGUCAAGUGAAGCAGGAAAAAACCAUACAAAUGGACCAUGUCCCAAUGCUUAUGAACAAUCCAAUCGCUUAUACAGGUGUGCCUCUCACUACAGGGUGUCCUCAAAAGAGGCUGAUAUAAUGGAAGAAAUCAAGGAGAGAGGACCAGUGCAAGCUAUCAUGAAAGUGUAUGAAGACUUUUUCCUUUACAAAGGGGGAAUAUAUCGACACUCCCAGCAAGCAGGAUCUAAAUGGAAAACUCAUUCAGUCAAACUCCUUGGGUGGGGAGCAUUACGUGACAAAAAUGGACAGAAACAGAAGUUCUGGAUUGCUGCAAAUUCCUGGGGAAAAUCAUGGGGAGAAAAUGGUUAUUUUAGGAUUCUACGUGGACAAAAUGAGUGUGAUAUUGAAAAGCUGAUUUUAGCUACUUCGGGACAGCCAUAAUUUAUCUGUACUAUACUCUGCUUGAUGUAUCUAUUCUUUCCAUUGUUGUAUAUUGAGUGUUUAUGGGGAAAUAAUAAAGUCUUCUCUCUGAGUUACCUUUC